AGUGUUAGCAGGCUAACUAGAGAAAGAAAGCUAACUAAUCGUGAGAGUGGAAGUGGAGCUAACGUUAAAGGAAAAGGCAACUGUCAAAACAGCAAAGGGAACAGAAAUCUUAGUGAAGUGGUAUUUCUGUUAGACACAUGAACAGAUUUUUAGCUAGUUAAUCAAAGACCGUGUUUGUCAGAUGCCCGAGGAGCAUUUUGGAUACUACAUCGAUUGUCCCAUUUCCAAACGGAAACCAUUUCUGGACAGACAGUUCGUGCUAGCCAGCUAGCUAAGUGAAUCAUCCAGGAGACUUUUCAUUGUCACCUAAAAACCCAAACUGAAUGUUUUGUCUGUCAUGAGUCCGGCCGGGUGCUCCCAUGUGAACGGUUAUAAGGUGGACAAUUGGAAACAAAAUCUUCGAGUCAUAUACCAAUGCUUUGUUUGGAGUGGUACUGCUGAGACCAGGAGACGCAAGGUGCGUCAGAGUGAUGCAGGAUGGACAGAGCUGGCCAAGUCGUGCAUUUGUCACAUGUGUGGCGCCCACCUGAACCGACUCCACUCUUGUCUCUACUGCGUCUUUUUCGGCUGUUUUACGAAGAAACACAUCCACGAGCACGCAAAAAACAAGAGACACAAUCUAGCGAUAGACUUAUUAUACGGCGGAAUAUAUUGUUUUGUGUGUCAAGACUACAUAUACGACAAAGACAUGGAGCAGAUUGCCAAAGAGGAGCAGAGGAAAGCCUGGAAAUUGCAAGGCAUAGGAGAGAAAUACACGACGUGGGAGCCGACCAAGAGGGAGCUAGAGUUAUUACGACAUAAUCCAAAGCGGAGGAAAAUCACUACAAACUGUACCAUAGGUUUACGAGGGUUAAUAAACCUGGGCAACACAUGUUUCAUGAACUGUAUUGUUCAGGCCCUAACACACACACCACUGCUGCGAGACUUCUUCCUCUCCGACAGACACAAGUGCGAGAUGCAAUCAAACUCCUGUCUGGUGUGUGAGAUGUCGCAGCUCUUUCAGGAGUUCUACUCGGGCCACCGUUCGCCCCACAUUCCCUUCCGGCUGCUGCACCUGGUGUGGACACACGCACGUCACCUCGCAGGCUACGAGCAGCAAGACGCCCACGAAUUCCUCAUCGCAGCGCUGGACGUACUACACAGGCACUGCAAAGGGGACACCAUCAGAGACGACAAUGGGAAGAAGGCCAACAAUCCAAACCACUGUAACUGCAUCAUUGACCAAAUCUUUACUGGUGGCCUGCAAUCAGAUGUUACUUGUCAAGUUUGCCAUGGUGUUUCCACGACGAUAGAUCCAUUCUGGGACAUCAGUCUGGACCUGCCUGGUUCAUCCACACCUUUCUGGCCCCUCAGCCCAGGAGGGGAUGGCAGCACAGUCAAUGGAGAGAGCCACCUGUCAGGGUCCACCACGCUCACAGACUGCCUACGCAGGUUUACGCGGCCCGAGCAUCUAGGAAGCAGUGCCAAAAUCAAGUGCGGCGGUUGCCAUAGUUACCAGGAAUCCACCAAACAGCUGACAAUGAAGAAGCUCCCCAUCGUAGCAUGUUUCCAUCUCAAACGGUUUGAGCACUCUGCUAAACUGCGGAGGAAGAUCACUACAUACGUUUCCUUCCCUCUAGAGUUGGACAUGACGCCUUUCAUGGCAUCCAGUAAAGAGAGCAGAAUGAAUGGGCAGUAUCAACAAACGGUUGAUGUAUUAAACAACGACAAUAAGUAUUCCUUGUUUGCGGUGGUCAACCACCAAGGCACAUUAGAGAGUGGCCACUACACCAGCUUCAUCCGCCAGCACAAAGACCAGUGGUUCAAAUGUGAUGAUGCCAUAAUCACCAAGGCCAGCAUUAAGGAUGUACUCGAUAGUGAAGGGUAUCUCUUAUUCUACCAUAAACAGUUCCUCGAGUAUGAGUAGUCUUUGUGACCACUGACCACGAAGAACCACUGCUUCUAAAUGCGAGAGCCAAGGGACUGGAGACAGGAUGAAACACAAACACACAAACCUACCUGAAACUCUUUGACUACCAGUCUGCGCCUCCAGCUCUGGAGGACAUAAACAAAAAAGACGUGUGAAAUCAUGCAACCUUUCAAAAGAAAAAAAAAAAAAAAAACAAGCACUGAGCUACUUCUUGGCAUCUACUUGACAAAACUGAAUGAAGAGGAGAGAAGGAGGAAGAGUCGGGCGUCGUCAGUUCCAGGCUUAGGCAGAGGGAAGAGGCCCCACACCCCUCACUCUCUCUCCCUCCUUUCCCUUCCUGCUGCAGGGGCAGAGUCUGAGCGAGACUGACUGUCAUGUUGAUUGGGCACAUCUGGAUUUUUCUUACAGUAUUCUGAACCCCUAUACCCAACCCACCCCCUCACACCCCCCCCCCCCCCCCCACCCCCCUCCAUUUUCUCUCCCAUGGUGCUCUCGUUUCAACUGACCAAGCAUUUAACUUAGUCAUGGUGGAAGACAUGUUGUUGUCAUAUGCACUUGGGACUGAACGCAAAAAAAACACAAAAAAAACCAACAAAAAAUACAAAAUAAAAUCAACGUAUUAUGAACUUUGCAAGAACAUUUUUAAAGGUAUGGUUAUGAUUCUUAUCAUUUGUGAAUUUAGUUAUGAAAUACUGUAUGAAUCUAGUAUACAUCUAUUUUUAAGAGCAAAGAAAACAUGGGAGAGCUUAGAGACGCUGCCUUUGCCAGUUGCUGGGGAAGCGCUGCCAUGGAAACUAAACAGAUUUGGACCUGAGUGUGCUCAUGUUCCAUUAUUUACUGUGUUGAUUGUUUUAUUUUUAAGUCUGGUUGAGGGCAGGGAAUAUCUAUUUUUUUUAGCAACUCAUUGAAUUUUGAGUUUUUGUUUACUGUUCUUUUCAGUGUCUUUUUUUUUUUUAAUUUUCAGUACAGUCAUAUGUCCCUCGCUGUCCUGGUACUGGAAAUGUUUUUUGGACGUAUUAUACUUUCAUUCUUGUGGAAUUGUUGGUAUAAUGAUGGUGGUGAUUAAAUUGGCUCACCUUUGCUGUUUAUGAAUUGUAUGUUGAAUGUGAGCUUUGGGUUUGGUAUGGCAUUCUGAAGAGAAGACAUACAUACAACACAUGAACUCCAGAUGAGGUCCUCCAUCAUGUGAGAAUGCUGUGGUCUCUCCUCAUUAAACACCUUGAAUGCUCUGUGCAAAAAAAAAAAAAAAAAAAGCCCAUUUAACAACACUGCAUGCGACUGGGCUCAUGAUCUUAUAAAAUGUGAAGAAUUGCCCUCAGUAAUGCCUCAAGGCCUGCUGCCCAUCAAGACUUUUGUUCUGUAUUUUGGGGAUGGGAAGGCGAUCAUUUGAGAUACAUAGAGGGUAAAACACAUUGCACGCAUAUGGGCACUGUUCGGCCACAGCCUGGCUCUGAAUCCAUCAGUGUAAAUCUUCUCCAUGGCAACUGUGUGGCUGGUGUAGACCGGUGUGGUUCGUGGUGUGUCUUGCCUCUGCAGUGCAGUAAACCCAGUGCUCUAUUCAAUCAGUAUGCUGUCAAGUCAGACUUUAGAUAAUGCACAUACACAUCAGGGUGUUGUGGUAUGUUUUGUUUGAAUAUCACUGAUUGUGUAUGUAUUAAAUAAAAAAUACAGAAUAAAAAAUAUUCACUCAUGUAUAAGAUGAGGGCCCUAACCUUUCACAAAGUAAUGCCACAUUAAAAAAAAAAAAAAAAAAAAAAAACCACAACCCCUGGUUGUUUAGCUGCUCUGUAAUUGAAAACAAACAUGCAUAUCCUUUGGUCUGCUGCAGAACCUCAGCUAGAGGACAACAGUGGGUUUCUGAACAGUAAAAUCAAAGACUUGUGAGAAAUGGUCGCACUAUGGUUGUGAUGUAUCAUGGAGCAGUUCAGGCCACCCAAGGACAUUCAGGGACGCAGCUGAAACGAAAAGGAAGAGGAGAGCUUCAUUAUCCGUUUCAGUGAUUAAACUCAGAACAAAACUGGAAUGUGUAUGUGCUGUUUUUUUUUUUAGUCUCAUUCUUCCAUUUACGCUUCCCUUCUUUGGGACAGUGUAUUUCCCGAACGUGAAGUUCUGUAGUGUAUCAGCCACACCAGCAUCCAUGAGUGGUGUUUAGAGAUUUCUGUUGUGCAGUUCUUCUAUUACUAGUGCCAAGGUAUUCUCAUGGUGGAACAAGAGAGCACAGUAAAGGGAAUAUAACCUCUGUUUAUCAGGAGCUGACAGGCAGAACACAGUGAAACUCAGUGUUGUAUUUCUGGCCCUGGAGAUGUAGUUAUGUAUUUGACUAUGGCGCCUCUCUGUGGUCAAACCAUAAAGCACAAGACAGUCUGAAAAAAUAUCAAGCCUGCACUGACAAUUGUGUCAUUUCAGACUGAAAAGAAUGUGAAGAAAGGGAAUUUAUAUUCCUUCAACCAAACAGCCUCACAUAAUAACAUGUUUUCGUACGAUUGGUAUAACAUGCAGCACAUUUCUACAGUAAUUGGACAUAAUUAAUAUUACCCAAGAAUUUACAUGUGACAAGCUUAAACUUGUACAUUCAGGAUUUGUUAUCAGUUGUAAUUAUUUUGGAAAUAAUUGUGAUGUGGAAAA